AUGGCGCGCGGAAAGAAUGUCGAAAUCAGUGAGUAUGAGCGGAAACGGCAGGAGAAUAUCGCAAAGACGCAGGCGCUGCUGCGCAACCUGGAGAUGGAGGCAGCAGAAGCCGGCCUAGGUCCUGCCAGCAAAGCCAAAACCUCUGUACCUUCGAGACCAAAAGUGAAGAAACCCGCGCCGAAGAAGAUCAAGCAAGAAGAAGUUGCGCCCCGUAGAACAUCUUCCCGAUUAAAAGGCAUAGUGGCAGACAGUGAGGUCGCAAAACGGAAAGCAGAGGAUGAAUACGUCGCAUUGCAAGCUGCAGAUCGUGCAAAGCGACAACGCGUUAGUGAUGCGUUCAAUUUCAGCGACAUAGUCGUCGCAGGCAAGGACUGGGAUAAGAGUGGAAACUUCCUCUCAGUCGGCCCUGCGGAUCCAUAUGCGCGGACAUUCGACUACAAUGACGUGAAGGAGACUACGGACAAGGAGCUGCGUGCCCUCAGAGAACGCAUGAGUGGUCUGACAUUAUGGGAAGACUUUGAGCCGAAUGAGAUAAAGAUUACACCGGAGCGUAUAUACUCUAUGGGUCUCCACCCUACAACAGACAAGCCCCUAGUCUUUGCUGGCGACAAGCUAGGCAACCUAGGUAUCUGUGAUGCGAGCCAAAAGGUGGCAGAAGUCAAAGUGGAAGACGACGAAGAUGCGGAGAGGGAGGGACCCACCAUCACCACGUUAAAACCACACACAAGAACCAUUCACACCUUCCAAUUCAGUCCCCACGAUGCGAAUGCGCUUUAUACGGCCUCUUACGAUUCCAGUGUGCGGAAACUAGACCUCGCCAAGGGUGUGGCGGUGGAAGUAUACGCGCCGUCUGAUAAGGACGAAGAGGCGCCCUUGUCUGGACUCGAAAUAUCAAAAGACGAUGCGAACACGCUCUACUUUUCCACACUAGACGGCCAAUUUGGCAUAUACGAUAUGCGCACGCCCAAGGAAAAGGCAGCGGGCUUGCAAAUCUUCCAGUUGAGCGACAAGAAGAUUGGAGGUUUCACGCUGCACCCCCUGCACCCUCACCUCAUUGCCACGGCGUCUCUAGACCGCACGCUCAAGAUCUGGGACCUGAGGAAGAUUAGUGGCAAAGGGGAGAAUCGGUCGCCGGCGCUUGUCGGAGAGCACACGAGCAAGUUGUCCGUGUCGCAUGCUGCGUGGAAUUCUGCGGGGCAGGUAGCUACCGCUUCUUAUGACGAUACGAUCAAGAUCCAUGACUUUGGUAACUGUGCAGACUGGAAGGUUGGGGUGGAGAUGGGGGAAAAGGAGAUGGAACCGAGUGUUGUUGUACCGCAUAACAACCAGACUGGACGAUGGGUUACCAUAUUACGAGCCCAGUGGCAGCAGUCGCCUCAAGACAACGUCCAGCGCUUCUGCAUUGGCAAUAUGAACCGUUUCGUUGAUAUUUACACGGCGAAAGGACAGCAGUUGGCUCAACUGGGGGGCGAGGGUAUCACGGCGGUGCCGGCUGUUGCAAAGUUUCACCCUACUAUUGAUUGGGUGGCUGCUGGUACUGCGAGCGGAAAGCUGUGUCUGUGGAUGUGA